ACGUCAUAUUUGUCAUAACCUCAAUGUUUGGCUUUUCAAGAAUGGAUGAUGGGCUCACAUUUUUAAUUAAUUUGAUGCUUUAGACAUAACUAGCUUUGUUUUCUAAAUUUUGUUGCUUUAGUGGCAACAACCGAACAUUUUUUUGGUUAUAAAAUGGAAUUUUCUAUGGAUGAAGUUUCCGACGAGGAUUUAGUGACCCAAUGGAUAAAUAGUGCUGCAGUAGCCCGGUCUGCUGUAGAAAAGCUUGAAUACUUUCACAAAUUGCAGGAAGUUUUAAUUCGGAAGUCGCCCAAUUUGCUACCAAAAUAUUUACAAAACAUGCUUAAUUUUACGACUGAUAGAAAUGGGGACGUUAAAAAAGCAUUAGUUGGUUUUAUUGAAGAAAUAUGCAAAGUGCGUGAAUCUCUUUUACCUAAAGUAAUGCUAAACCUUCAUAUGCUGCUUUGUGAUGAAUCAAUAGCGGUUCAGAAGCGCGUAAUUCAAGCUUUAAUUAGUAUUUAUCGAAAAACUUUGGCAUGGUUGUGCAAGGCAUCUGUUAUAACAGAGGAAAUGGAAAACACUUGGAAGCAGUUGUCUGCUAUAAAAUUAGAGAUUGCAAAUAUGAUUGAUAGUGACAAUGAUGGGAUUAGGACUAGUUCAGUGAAAUUUUUAGAAUGUGUUGUGUUGUUACAAACAUAUCCUGAUCAAGAAGAGAACAAAAAACAAAAUGAUUUUUCACUUGAUGAUGUGCCUUUGACGUUAAAAUUAGCAAGAAGACGAAAAUUGGAAGAAGAAGCAAAUACUCUUUUCGAAUUACUUUUAAAAUUCCAUGGCUCUCCUCACAUUAGUAGUGCUAACUUAUUAACCUGUUUGGGGGUUGUUACCAACAUUGCGAAAAACCGGGCUGAAUUUAUGUCGAGAGUUGUCUCCGCCAUUGAAUCACUUUAUAAUAAUUUACCUCCAACUCUAACCACAACUCAAGUAAAUUCCGUGCGCAAAAAAAUGAAAUCUGAACUCGCUGGACUCAUUAAACAUCCGGCAGCUUACGAAUUUGUGGAGAAACUAACUCCGAUGCUCAUCGAUUUGGGUUAUUCCCAACAAGACAUUUUUAAAAUGGUACCCAAACCGGAUGAGAGACGUAAAUAUUGCAAGAGGACUCUCUCACUUGAGUCUCUCCAGAUCUACAACAAGAGACCUAGACUUGAUCCUCAAAUUGAAUUCGAUAAUGACACUAACGAUAGUGAUACGCAAACACUGCAGGAGUUGAAUGAGCACUUUGUAUCUGAAAAUUUUACGCUAGAAAGAGCCGUUCAAUUGGUUUUGUCUUCUAUGAGUAAACUACCAGCUACAAUGCCUCCUGAGUUUAGUAAAGAGUAUGGCAAGCAUGUUGAUGGUGGAAAAGUUGGGCAAAUUGACGUUUUGACAAAAAUUAUCGCAACUCAUUUAACUGAAGCUGGCAUUUCGCCGUCUUCUAAAAGUUUUGCAAAAAAGGUUGAGGAAAUCAAAUUGCAGGAGAAGGAAUUGGAAGAGGACAAGGAAGAGAAGGAAAAGGUUCACAAGAAGGAAAGAGCAAAGGUCCCCCGAAUCAAGACACUGAAACUCUCCGAAAUAACCAAACCAAUCGAGAAAGAAACAAAAGAGAAGCUUCUAAUAGGCUCGAUAAACCGACUUCUGACCGCCGACAAAACAGCCGCAAAAUGCUUGUACCAAAAACUAAUCACCACGAUCGCAGCUUGCUUCAGCCCCACUGUGAGACAAACAGUGUUGGCGUUUCUUUUAUCAGACUUGCGAACUCACAUAGACCUAGCCCUGGCGUGGUUAUUUGAAGAGUACGGAAUUUUGCAAGGCUUUUCACGAGUGCCCCCUUUACGCAAAGACACCAAAUUGGACAAAAGCUACAACAUCUUGCUUUGUACAUUUAUAAACGCUUGUAUGCACGACUCAGCCGUGCUUUGUCGAUUGUUUUUAGAAGCGCCUUUAAUAACAGACGAGGCUCUCGAAAAACUCCACCAGCUGUGCAGAGAUGAGAAGAAAUGUACAGCGGCUUUGGGGUUGUUACACGAUUUGACAGUCCGGAAGCCCCCCAAACAAUUAAUGUUCCUCAAUGCCCUCCUCUCGUACACAACAUACGAGUCGAGUGUGAUAAGAGAGUGUGCCAUCGGCCACGUUUUGGAGUUGCACAAGAAGGUGGAAUUGAGGUUGGUGAUUGAGGAGUUUGCGAGAAUGAAUUUGGAGUUUUUGAAGUUGCAAAGGCCACCGGAGAGUUUGUGCGGGUUUAGUCAAGGAAGACUAAAGAGUGAGACUUGGGGGGAUGAUUUUAUAAAAGCUUGUCUUAUUCCUUAUAUUUCUUUAUUGCCGGCCAAUGAGAGUCUUAUUCAUGAUUUGGCGAAGGUUUAUGUACAGACAGGGGCCAACAUUAAACGGAUUAUUUUACGUCUGCUUGAAACUCCAAUCAGAUCAAUGGGGAUGGAUUCACCUGAACUUCUAAAACUCGUCGAAGAGUGUCCCAAAGGCUCGGAGACUUUGGUCACGCGGGUUAUACACGUUUUGACAGAUAAGGGCCCCCCGAGUGCACAGUUGGUGCAAAGAGUCAGGGAGUUGUAUCAUACGAGAGUGUCAGAUGUCAGGUUUCUUAUUCCAGUUUUAAAUGGAUUAUCAAAGAAAGAAGUAAUUGCAGCUUUGCCAAAACUAAUCAAGUUAAAUCCGGUCGUUGUGAGGGAAGUCUUUAAUCGGCUUUUGGGCUUACAUGGUGACAGUCCAAUUACACCAACUGAACUUUUAGUCGCUUUGCACUUAAUUGAUUCGACGAAAGCCGACUUGAAAACUAUUAUUAAAGCCACAUCAAUGUGUCUUCAAGAAAAACAGGUUUUUACUCAAGAAGUAUUAGCGGUGGUUUUACAACAGUUGAUGGACCAAACUCCACUACCAACCCUUCUGAUGAGGACUGUAAUCCAAGCUUUGGGAAGUUAUCCCCGCUUGUCAGGAUUCGUGAUGAAUAUUUUGCAACGACUGAUCUUAAAACAGGUUUGGAAACAGAAAGUAGUGUGGGAGGGUUUUAUCAAAUGUUGUCAAAGAACAAAACCGCAAAGUUUUGCCGUUAUGAUGCAACUACCGCCGCCCCAGCUAUCUGAUGCUUUAUCCAUUUGCCCCGAAUUGAGAGAACCUCUAAAGGAACAUUUGCUGAAUUUUUCUGAAGGACAAAGGUCCCACAUUCCGCCCACAAUUCAGGAAAUCAUUUUAGGGAGUUACACACAAGCGCCACCUACGAUAGUCCCGCCGCCGGUGGUGACAACUCCCGAAGAACCGACUGCUGAGCCUCCGACAUUGGCCAACGAGCCUUUACCCCCCGGAAUGGAGUAAACAUCAAUUUAACUUUUAUUGUCCUUAUUUUAAUCACAAACGAAUAAAAACACUUUGUUUAAA